UAUCACAGGGUUAAAGUGUAAAUAUAAAUAUAGAGAAAUAUCUUUGUAAAAUCUCACCAACAGUAGGGCGAUGAUUAUUCAUUAAAGAAUGUAUCUUCAGAUAGUUCAAUAAUGAGGGAUUGACGGUAGGGUGGUGGUCACAAAAGAGGAACAAAGCUUUAGGUGGAAAUAUACAGGACAUUUAUUAAAACAAAUUGGUCUUGAGAGUAACAGGGGAAUACCAAGUAAUAUCCGAUUGUAAAUGCCCCCAUGUUGUGUGGAUUCAAGAUUUUUAUAUCUCUGCUUUCAGUCGGGGGCAUGUCGUUUUGUCCGUAUCUGCCUCUCUGUCCAAUGCUUUUUUCACGGGAAUAAAGAUUGUUUUGUUAAAUCUUAAUCAUAACAACAGCUGAACAACGACAAGUUUAAGGUGGCUCAGUAUCCAACUCCUCUUAUGUUGGAUUGAUGCAUUGGUACAUGGAAGGAGACCAGAUGGGUUAUUCAUUUGGAACUUACUUCUGGUGCAAUAUGAUAAUUAUACCAAUGGCUUUAGUGCUAGCAAACAUUUUACAUCAACGUCCGAUGUAUCGUGAGAAGUAUUCCACUACAAUUAGAGAUGCUAGGCGUUCAAAGAGAAAAAUUAUUGCUGUGGAAGAAAACGCAAUACGUCCAAAGUACAGACGUAAAGAACCUAAAGAUAUUACAUGCCAAAAGAGAUACACACAGCUAGAUAUUUUGAAGACUGUAGUUUCUGUUCACAGCGAGAGCUGUAUAGAACUUCGAAAUAAGCACACUCUACGUCCAGGUUAGAGUGUCCGCUGUUAAGCUUCGCAAACAAAGACAGAUUUGAAAAUUUCAACGCUAAGCAUUCUUUAUUUGAACCAAAUAAAAUAGUUAACUUUGAAGCCAAAUACACGUCUGAAUGUGGAUCAGUAUUAACGAAGAGUACAACGGCACAAUUUGAAUCUCUGGCAUCGUUGUUAAGAGAUGCAUCAUCAGUCCGGUAUUUCUGAAAACAAUUUUAACACACAAGUGAAUACUUGUCUAGAGUCACCGGUAAGCAUGUCGUUGCGGCAAAAUUUUGACACAUAUGAAAUAGAUUUUUCUAUCUUGAAAGAAAAUUUCAUCAGUCGAGAUGAAUUGAUGCCACCUCCAGUCGUUCACAAAAGUCUGAGUUUAUUGCAUGGAAUUACAAAUGAUGAGUUGAAAUGCUCUGGAGGUAGUAACCAAUCAGCACUUUACAUUGACACAAAGGAAGUAUCUUCAGUUACACGUUUUGAUAAGAAAGACGCAUUAGAUGCAAAAAUUACUCUGGAGUCCUCACAUUGUGAUUUGGUAACACUUUCAGGUUUUCUAAGCACCGGAGUGUAUGGUAAUUCGUUUUCUGCACAGCGCGAGAUACCCUCAGUGCAAAAAGUGGUUAGUCUGGUCGAAAGUUCGCCGCUUGAAACUAACAAUGAUAAACGAGGAGUCACAAACGUCAAAUAUCAUCAGAAAAAUUCAAGUCAAGGGUUGUGCGCUUUGAUUAAAAAACAAGUGAAAAGAUAUUUUGAGUCCAGGCAAAGAAGGAUAACUAGUCAACAGAAGCAUAGAUUGAUAAAAAAUACAGUGAAAUGUUGUUUGUGAAGGAGAAAACAAUCAAAGAUCAGCCAUUGUCAAACGAUUCAUUGUUGUCCUUUCCUUAAUGUGCGAAGUGAAGAAGAUUGCAAUGAACCUCAAAUAACGGUGCUUCCUCAUCAGACGGACGAUGAAUAUCUACACUCUCAUACGCCUCCGGAGUCUGUCAGAUCAUUGACUUCCCUUUUCAAUGAUGUCUCUUUUCAAUCAGCCAAUGACGAUGAUAGAUACCGUUAUGAAUGGUUUCGAUUAGCGUCUCUUUGUCACUUUGAUUCCGAUUCCGUCCAUGCUAUCAUCCUUGCCAGAAAUGGUUGGUACGGUACAGAAAACGGAAAUGAAACCGUUUGCUAUAGCUGUCACAGAGUUCGACAGAAAUGGGAAAGAGGCGAUGACCCACGGGAUUUUCACGACUCUAACUGCAGAUUUCUUCUUGCGGAAUUGAACAAUGUACCAAUACAAAGACAUUCUGUUCAGAACAUGAUUCCUGCUACCGAUCCGCUGCUUUCGACAGAACGAAACACACAUAACAGUGGCAUAUUACAGCUAACAGUUACUCAUGAAAAUAUCACAACAGACGGAAGACAAACGUUAAACUCCAUGCAAAGCAAUUCGUCAAAUAUCAAAAAUGUACAGGAUCUCCCGAAGCGGAUCACUCAACAAACAUCUGUUGACGAUUCAUCUAUUUUAAGAACAAAUUCUUCAUCUCAAAAUUCCCAGACAUCAAGAAUCGUGCCGACGGAAGAUGAAACCCCAAGACAAACUCUAGUUCAGACCCCAGAAUCUGCUGCUUCAUCAUUAAGUACAUCGAGAGAAACUCAGUUAGAUGCUUUGAUGAGAGACCCCACGGGGAUCAAUUUUGAACGCCCCAAAUACUCGUCCUAUGCCAUUCUGGCUGCUCGGAUCAGAUCCUUUACUGAUUGGCCGGUGACCAUGACUCAGACACCACGUGACAUGUCUUUGGCCGGGUUCUCCUAUGCUGGAUACGAAGACUACACACGGUGUUUCUUCUGUGGAGGGGAGCUGAGGAACUGGGAGGCAGACGACGAUCCGUGGGUCGAGCACGGUCGUUGGUUUAGUAACUGUACAUUUGUAAGACAAAACCGUGGACAACAGUUCAUCGACCUUGUCCUCCAGAAAAUGGCAGAAAUAGAACAAGAAACAGAGUCACUUGAAUCAGAUCCUUUGGAUAAUGAAUCAUCUGAAGAGGAAAGGAUAAUGAAUUCUGCCGUUGUAAGGAGUAUGAAAGACAUGUGGUACAACGAUGAGAUAAUUAAGGCAGCUAUUAGCACUAUCAAGAGCAGACUAACCAAAGGAAUGCAUAAGGUGUCUACCCAUGCAAUUUUGGAUAUAGUCUUUGAACUGGUUGAUGAAGAGAGAACAGAUCCUUCUAAUGAAUCGAACUCGAAUAAAGGUUCUAAGGGAGAAACAACGAUGGAAUUUCAUUUCAACGAUACAAACAUUUCCGAAGAAUUGAAAGACAGAUCUCCACCUCAGCAAAGUAUCGAUAUAGAAGAUGAAGGGAUUUCUCAGUGUGAUAACAGUUUGAUCGAAAACGAUAUGGAUCCCGUCCACCGUGAGAACACGAGUCUGAAGGACCAGACCCUGUGUAAGAUCUGUAUGGAGAAGAAUGUGUCCAUAGCCUUCCUGCCCUGUGGUCAUCUGGCCUGCUGUGUGGACUGCGAUCCGGCCAUGAGAAAAUGUCCGAUAUGUAGGGAGUUCGUUAGGGGCACUCUAAAAACGUUUCACCUGUAAACAUGUAGGGAAUCAGUGAUUCAUCUAUGAAGAUGGAAAAAAGAUAUAUUUGUUUUCUUCCUUACAAGAUUUUUUCUGUCUUCGAAAUCGGGAGUUGAUGAAUAAAUAGAUAAAUAGUGAUAUCAUAAACGGUGGAGCAGUUAAGGGGACUAACUACUGUGUAAGAUCCAAACGGAGAAAAAUAUAUUCAUCACUUACGUCAGAAGAAUUAAGCUGCAAAUUGUUUACAUUACAUACAUAUAUACUUGAGGCAUCAUCAAAGCAACUCUCAUCGCUUGAACUUUCUUGAUAGAAACAAGCUAAUAAGAAUUUUUACGGGCAUGAUAUUUUGAUAUUGCAACAGUUUCAAAUGUUCAAAGGAUUAUUCGUUGACCUAGUAUCUUUGACGUCCCAUUUGAGAUUUAUUUUACUUGGGUAGAAAGUUCACCAGCUUAAAUGAAAUGUCAAAAUUUUCAGUAUAUGAAUGACGUUCAAGGUCGUAGCAGAGCGGUGUUUUAACUGGUUGUUAAAGAAACACUCACUAUUUAGAUACUAAAUGUUUCAUAUUUGAGGUAGCGACAAGAUCAGUGAUCGAAUAUCGGUAAACUGCAUGCUAUAAUUCAACUUUAAAAUUCCAUCCGCCUCGGUGUUUAUCGAAAACAUGCAUUGUUUUCGAAGGGGUUCGUUAUGUAUUUAGUAUCCAUAUUUCAUUAGAAAAGUAUGCUGCAUAUGCGAUUUUAGUUUUACUUACCUAACCCGAAGGUUGAAGUCAGCUAUUCCCAUCAAACUUUAUUCGUUGUCAGUAAAAUGUAUUACAAAAAUUACAGUGUAGUUGGUUAUAUAGAGCUAGUAUGGAAUGAAACGAUUUUUUUUAUCUUUUAUUUAAAAUAUUUAUUUCAUAAUGCAAACAUACAUCAUGGCAAUCAUAAUGCAUAUCAAACAUCAGAAAGAUCAGGGGAAAAAAUCUUCUUCUUUUUUUUUCGUGUCAUAUAAUUAUCUCCCUCACGCAUAGCUCAUAUCCUUGAACUAAUUUGACUCCACUUUUUUGGCACACUAUUUUUGCCUAUAAUAGCUCUAAAACGUCAUUGUUAUUUCGGAUUUCAAACAUUUCAGUUGAGCAUCACUGAAGAGACGUAAUUUGUCGAAAUGCGCAUCUGGUGCAUCAAAAUUGGUACCGUAUAAGUUUUACAUAAUGCAUACAUAAUAAUAGUAGUGAUGUAUUUCAAAAUACAUAUCAUGCAUAAGAAAAUUGUAAUGUACAUAAAUCAUAUUAACCAUAGUGUAUUUCAUAUAUACAUCAAAAUAAAAUACACCAUGCAUCAGGAAAAAAAUCACAACAAUUUAUUUCUUAAUGCAUAAAUUAUACAUCACAACAAUCAUAGAAAUUAUGAGAUUUCAUUUCAUAAUGUAUGUCAAAAAUUAUUUUCACGAUGCCUAUCAAUCAGAAUAUAUUCAUUUCAAAAUUACAAACAGUUUCCUACAUUCUUAUAAAAAUCGUGUCUAUUCUUGCCAAUAUUGGCUACUACCAUAUUCUAAAUAAGAAUUUCAUAUUUAAGUUUAUGCACGAGAUCUUGCUCCAACAUUUUCUCCUUCUGUAGUCUACAUUUCAUUUUAUAUUUAUAUAUAGAAAAACUUAUAAAAGAUACAUAGUUAUUCAAAAGGAAUGUUUUUUCGCUGAUUUCAUUAUAGUAUCCGAGGACAAUAGUUUUCCAUGUAAUUUCAAAUUUCAAAAAGGAGCUCAUUUUCUCCCAAAUAUGUUUAACAAUUUGCAUUCAAACAAAAGAUGUUUUAUGUCUUCAUCUACAUUGCAUCUUUCACAUAAUGGAGACACGUCUUGGUUCCAUUUGCUUACAUAUACAUUAUUGUUCAAAGUACCAUUUAGUAGUUUAUAGUUAAAUUCUGAUAUUCUUUUUUCAUACAUUUUUAUUUUAUUUUUGUGAAAUAGAUAUUUUUCCAGCUAGAAUAGCUGAUAUUAAAACAUUUUUUCCAUCUAUUUUCAUACAAUGGUUUUUGAAACUUCAUAUUUAUGAACACCGAGUAGUAAAAUUUACUUUCAACAUUUUCAGCUGAUUUUACAACAUCAUUUCUAAACAAAAAAUGUACAUCAGGUUUUAUAUUAAUGUAUUUUGAAUAAUUAGAGUCAAUUUUUUCUUUAUAGAUUUGAAUUGCCCUUUUAAGCAAAAUAUAUUCACAAAAAAUGUUAUUUCUCUUUUUCAAUUUAUCUGUAAAGUACAUUAUAGUAUGUUCAUCAAAAACAUCUUUAAUAUAUAAAAUUCCACCCUGUAUCCAAUUUUCAAAACACAAUGUUUUUGAUUCAUAUUGAAAGAGUUUGUUGUUCCAGAUAAACUGACUACGAAACUCGUCUUUCUUUAAAGUUUUUAUGUCCAGUGGCUUUUUGGAUUUAUUAAAAGCUGAAAAUAUAUUUCCAUAGAAAGGGGGGGGGGUAACAUUUUGAAAAAAAAAAAAAAUUUAAAAAGGUAUUCUCGGACGUUUUUAAAACAUCAAAAAUAGAGAUAUUAUAUUGCUGCAAAAUAUUAUUAAGUGUUCUAUGUGUAACACUUUUUACAUCAACAGGGGAUGCUUACUCCUCCUAGGCACCUGAUCCCACCUCUGGUGUGUCCAGGGGUCCGUGUUUGCCCAAAUAUCUAUUUUGUAUUGCUUGUAGGAGUUAUGAGAUUGAUCACUGUUCGUUAUCUUCACCUUGCAUUCUACUUAUCCAUGAUGUUUUGGCAGCAUAACAUUUACUUUCGAUAUCAAUUAUACCAAUACCACCUUGCUCUAUUUUGCCUAUAAGUGUAUUUCUUUUAAUUCUGUCUCGUUUAUUCCAAAUAACGUUAAAUAUUACUUUGAAACAUUUUUGAAAAAUUCAUCCUUAGGAUUUUUUAAAAUAAAAGCAUUAUAUAGCA